AUGCCUCCCAGGAAUGUCGCCUCGGUGGCGCAGGAGAGCAGGAACUCGUCUUAUGUGUCCGGCAUUGAUUUUGGCACGGAUCACAAGAGAGUCCCCCAGGACAUCAAGCCAGCAGAUUCCGAGCAAAAUGACAACGAGGAGUCUGAACCGGGCCAGCUGAAGCGCCGACUGAAGAGUCGUCACUUGCAGAUGAUUGCAAUCGGUGGAACCAUCGGAACAGGUCUCUUCAUCACUAGUGGAACUGCUAUCGCCGAAUCUGGACCCGCGGGUGCGCUUAUCGCUUACAUCUUCGUUGGAUCGAUCGUCUUCUCUGUCAUGGUAUCUUUGGGUGAGGUUGCGACGUUUAUCCCCAUUACCGGAGCUUUCACAUCAUACGCGGCGCGCUUGAUCGACCCCAGUCUUGGAUUUUCGAUGGGUUGGAUAUAUUGGUUUAACUGGGCUUCGACUUUCGCGGUGGAGCUCACGGCUUCCGGAACGAUUAUACAAUACUGGCGUGAAGAUCUGAAUAUCGCUAUCUUCAUCGGUGUUUUCUGGGUCUUGAUUUCGGCUCUGAACUUCAUGCCAGUCGGGUUUUACGGUGAAGUGGAAUUUUGGUUUUCUACAAUCAAAGUUGCCACGGUUCUCGGAUUCAUGAUAUUUGCGAUCUGUAUAGAUUGUGGUGUUGGCGAUCAGGGCUAUUUGGGCUUUCGUUAUUGGCGGGACCCUGGAGCUUUUGCAACUCACAUUAUCAAGCAGCCAGAGUCGAUUGGAAAAUUCAUUGGCUUUUGGUCUGUCUUGAUUCAGGCAGGAUUCUCUUACCAAGGAACCGAGCUGGUGGGUAUCGCGGCUGGCGAGACUGAGAACCCAGAGAAAACUGUGCCAUCAGCUAUCCGGAAGACUUUCGUCCGCAUUGGUCUUUUCUUUGUGUUGACUAUGUUCUUCAUUGGCUUGGUCGUGCCCUCCGACAACAAACGUCUUGCAACAGGCAACACCAACGCGUCAUCUUCUCCAAUGGUUAUCGCCGCUGAUCUUGCCGGUGUGAAAGUACUUCCAAGUCUGAUAAAUGCUGUUCUUCUGACUGUCGUUUUAUCGGCAGCGAACUCCAAUGUUUAUAGCGGAAGCCGUGUCUUAACUGGCCUGGCUCUUGAGGGAUUUGCACCCAAAUUCUUCGCAAAGGUCACUAAGAAAGGUGUCCCAUAUUACAGCGUUGCGUUCACCGCAGCCUUCGGUCUCCUAGGCUUCAUGAACGUUUCACAAGAUGCAGGAACAGUUUUCAACUGGCUCGUCAAUCUUUCCAGCGUUGCUGGGUUUGUAACCUGGUCUUCUAUCAAUGCAUGCCACAUCGCUUUCAUGCGUGCAUGUGCUGCCAAGGGAAUCUCGCGUGAUGACCUUCCCUACAAGGCUAUUGGCCAGCCUUAUCUGGCCUGGUAUGGCCUAUUCUUCAACAUUUUGAUCGCCCUCACUCAGGGAUUCACUUCCUUUAUCCCUACCUUCAACGUGUCUGACUUCUUCGUCGCAUACAUCUGUCCCAUUGUAUUUGCUGUGCUUUAUAUUGGGCACAAAGUGUGGACUCGAUCGCCUUUUAUUCCUGCCGCCGAGGCUGAUCUUGACACUGGUCGAAUCCAGUACCAAAAGGAAGUGGAGAUUCCAAAGCCAUGGUACUGGCGUACCUGGGGAUGGAUCACGAAGUAA